AUGAUUCUCUCAGUCUUAUUAUAUCGAUCGAAUUAAUUACAAUCAAUAUCAAAUUCUCUUAAUUAUGGAAAAAUAAUUCCAUCAUUUUCUGUUCAACCAAAUGAAGGUGAACGUCUUCAAGUAUUAGCAGUUGCUAAUUCUGAACGAAUAAUUAAAAUACGUGGAAGUCAAACAGAUGGAAGAAUAAUGAUAAUGGAAGGAGAAAUUUUAGUUGGAGAAGGUCCACCAAUUCAUAUUCAUCAUCGUGAAGAUGAAUAUUUUCAUGUUUUACAAGGUGAACUUGAAUUUCAAGUUGGAGAUCAACGAAUUUUAGGAACAGCUGGUACAUGGGUAUAUGCACCACGUUAUAUAAAACAUCGAUAUCGAAAUAUUAAUUCAACUGGUGCAAGAUUACAAUUUGUUUUUCAACCAGCUGGUAUAGAACAUUAUUUUGAAGAAGUUAGUAAAGUUAUUGUUGCACAACAACCAGACUGGCAAAAUCAAGCAGCUGCUGUUGCUAAAAAAUAUGAAAUUGAACUUCUUGGAACACCAGAUUGGACUGGAUAA